UGGUGCACGCAGCGCCACCGACAGCAUGUCGUCCACCACACAAAAGCACCGCAACUUUGUGGCGGAGCCGAUGGGCGAAAAGCCCGUGACUGAUCUAGCCGGCAUUGCCGAGGUACUCGGCAAGCGGCUGGUCAGCCACGGCUUCGACCGCGCCUACAUCGUGCUCGGCCAGUUCCUGCUCCUGAAGAAGGACAAGGAGCUGUUCGUCGACUGGCUGGUGGACCUGAUCCACUGCAACGUCAAGCAGGCGUCCGACUGCUGGCAGUGCCUGAACGACUGGUGCGCGGAGUUCUUGUAGGUGCCCGUCGGAACCGGUCCGUGCAGCUGGUCCAGCGCGUCUCCAGGCCUCCGGGCCGCCGCAAGCGUCGUCCAUCCCUCCGUGGUCUUCGCGUCUCAUGUCUGUUCACGGGCGCCUCGUUGUGGCGGACUCGGUGGCGACCGCCCGGCCCGUGCGUUCGCCCAUCGCCGCCACCGGCUGAACGCAUGAGGACGUGCUGUCACGAGCGCGCUCUCUGAGGUUUGCCCGCUUGCGUCCGGCUCUGGAAAUACAAUGGAUGUUUGCGUGCUGCAAA